AUGCCUGCACGACGAGUUUCAGGAAACUGCGAAAAGUGCCACAUGCCUUACAAUUCUGCUAGAGCAUUGAGGACCCACUAUGCAAACUCGACUUUCUGCGAGCCCAAGAAAGCAAGAACAGAAGACACUCCCUUAUCGAAUAGUCAAGAACAAUCCCAGGCAAGCAUGCAUUCACAAGACGAUACUCCAACGGCUACCACAAGUAAUCAAGGAAAUCAGUCAUUACAGCAGCAUGCUGCAGAGCAAAGAAUAGAACUGCCAUCAAUUGAGUCCUUUUCAUACUACAGUAGCUUCACUCUUGAACAAAAGGAAGGCCUUCGACAUGUAUAUGAUCUUGACACCCUCUCUUACGCCACUGAUUUUAAUGAAAGUGAAUUGCUUUCAUUGAAGCUCCGUGACAUAUUCGACAAGUAUCCAGCAUCGAGAGAAAUGAGUCGUGAAAGUAUAUACUUUACCAAUACAAUCAUUAAGAAUAUAGCAGAAGCAGGAGGUGGCACUAAAAGAGGCAUUGUGUUUCCAAAGCUGAUUCAGUUCGAUACUCUAGAGGCGCGCAUGAGAAAGAAGACUGGCGUACAAGCAUUCAUCUACAAGGUCUGUCCUCAAGGCUGCAAAGUUUAUCCCAAGAACGAUACAUCAGUCCAAGGAGUGUGCAAUCACUGUGGAACUCCCAAAAGCGAAGCACAAAAUAUGAAGGUCUUGAGCAUCGGUGAUCAGCUAGCAAGAGUCUUGAGUGACAAGUCCAAACGAGAUGAGCUCAUGUCGUAUCGACGUAACUACCAACAUGAUCCACAUUUUUACCGAGACUACUUUGACGGUCAAGAGUACAUUAACUUUCAACAAAGACGGGAAAGACAAGGCACCAACGUAGAUGAGGAACCUAUUCUGCUUGCCUUGUAUGUCGACGGCUUCAAACCCCAAAGCAACUCUUCUGCUGGCGAUACCUUAACGCUAUUCCACGUUGUAAUUUUGUCAGCCCCUCCAUACCUCAGAUACUUGGAUAACUGGACCGUUCAGACAAUGAUUGCACCCGGCAAGAAGGCUCCAGUGGAUCUUGAAAGCUACUUGGCUAUUUUUGUGGACGAAAUUCGUGAUCUUAAUGAACAUGGCAUGCUGGUUCGAGUGAAUGGUGGUGAAGUUGCCCGAGUAAGCGUUCAUUUGGCAAUGGCGACAGGCGAUCUUGUAGAAGUUUCACAUUUGAUGUUGCAUGGAGGAGUCUCCAGUCAGUUUGGCUGUAUGAAGUGCCUCAUAGACACACAAGGAGGCCAAUGCUUUACUCGCACAAUCAGAAAUUUCCAAUACAGACACUACGGCCCAACUGAUGCUCUCACAGAACAUGGAUGUGCUCUUUUGGGAACAUCGAUGUUCUCAUGA